AAGGCCACCGUUAUGGCCUCCUCACAAGGCACGACAUCCCGAUCCUCCAAAUGCCGUCUCUGAGUGAGCCCGACCCAGGCACAGCACACACUGCUCGUGUGCUCGUGUUUCUCCUGUUAUGUUAAAGUAUUGUGGUUGCCAUGCAUAUUUUGGGUGGCUGUGAGUGUUGUGUUACUCGGUGAGCAAUAGCUGUAGACUAAUGCAAAUGCAGUGGCAAGUAAUAGGCUAUAUUACAAGCUUGCACUAGUUACAAUUCCUUGUUGUAAUGUACAAUAACAAUAAAGUCCUGGAAUGUGUUAAAAAAUGCUAGGUAGACUUCAGAUUACCUUACUACUCUUUAUCUUUAAGUUUGCCAUUGCUGUUAUAUUUAUGUAAUCUUCACUCAAAACAUGACUGAAAUGGAUUGCAAUUUGACUGAAAUUACCUUUCCCAACGGUCAUUAUGAUUUUCAUUUAUAUUUUGCCUUUGUAGUUUAAAUAUAAAUUUAAAAUGUUUAAACGGGGUAUUUGCUUUUUAGUAUAAAAAUGAUAAUAAUAAAUGGAUAGUUUACCCAAAAAAGAGAAUUCUGUCUUCAAACUGUAUCAAUGUCUAUUUUCGGCUGAUUCACGAGAGAGCUGCCACCUUCAGGGCGUACAUUGUAUUUCUGAUCAUUACUGUCGCAGACACAUUCAGUCCUCUUGCUGCAAAUAGCUGAUUCCUCGGUCCGCUUGGAAGUGGCAUAAUGUGUCAGGAUUGCAAUAAUUCCUAUUAACCGAUAGUCACGUUAGAGAAAUGCUCGCUGAUCUGCUUUAUAUUUCCGUGAUUUACACUGUAUUUUAGUUCAAAGCCGUUAUGGAAGAGCGGACAUCCGAAAAGGCCUCGAAUAAACGAUGCAUUUAUCAUCACGGCAAAAUGUGAAAACGGCAACGUGGAUUUUAUUACAGAUGACGUGCACCACCGAAAAGUUGGUGGUGCAACAGUGCUGAGAAAAGCAGAAUUGGACAUAUUGCUGCUACCUUUUUGUCCCUUCACUGGAUCUAGUUUUACACAAUCAGUGUAAUAAUACCCAUAAAGGAAGAGUAAAAAUGUUUUUCCUGUGAUCUGUAAGAAUGGCGAAGGGAUAUAGCUUUAGGAUCUGUAAGGGUCAGUUUGGGAAGCGAGGAGGCCAUUUAAAGUUUAUCCAUUACUUCUUCAUAACAGUCUUCUGUAUCUCUCUGCUAGCUUUACUCUUUAUUGAUGUAAUUGAAUUGUGGGUAACCUCGCUGGGCAUGAGCAAAGCGAUUGGUCCUCAUGGAGUAGUCAUUCCACACAGUAUACCCCCGAUCCGUUCCGAAGAGUAUUUGUUUAUGCCUAGCAUCCACGUCUGCCAGCGUGCCAAACCUUACCUCAUCAUUUUGGUGGCAACCGCACCUCAAAACAGAAAGGCCCGCCAAGCCAUUCGUGACACCUGGGGUGGGGAAAUACAAGUCAGGGGUCACCGAGUCAUGACCCUCUUCAUUGUAGGUCAGCCAUUUGACCCAGUUAUUGGCAAAGAAUUAAUAGAAGAGUCAAAGGAGCGUGGAGACCUCAUACAGGGUCGCUUCAUGGACUCCUAUGGCAACUUGACCCUGAAAACUCUGUCUAUGCUGGGCUGGGCACGCCGUUUCUGUCCACAGGCUCACUACCUGGCUAAGGUAGAUGAUGAUGUAUUGUUUAACCCUAGCGCACUGCUGCAAUAUCUCAACCUCAGCUUUAAAACAGAAGAAAAUGACCUCACAGAACUUUAUCUGGGUCGGGUCCAGAUGAAGGUAGAGCCGAACCACAAUCCUGCCAGCAAACACUUCAUGUCAGAAAAUGCAUACAAUGAUACGUUCUUUCCCGAUUACUGCAGCGGAACAGCAUAUGUUCUUUCUCAGGCAGCUUUGCUCAAGCUGUCACUAGCGGCUGACGCCAUACUUUUACCCAGACCAUUGCCCCCAGAGGAUGUGUUUAUAGGUAUUUGCGCUAAGAGGGCAGGCAUAACACCUACCCAUUCUCCACUCUUCUCUGGAGGUCCAGCUGUACCGUACAGUCGUUGUUGCUACCAAAUGAUGGUGUCUGUCCACCAUACCAAGCCAGGGGACAUGGUGCACUACUGGAAGGAAGUGCACUCCACUGCCCCAUGUUCAUGGUUGGGUAUGCGGACAUCUUUUGGUGUCUGUAAAAUAAGAGCACUUCUUGGGACACUGUUGGGGACAGACUCCUAAAAUGAAGAUCAUUUAAUCUGCUGAAAUUAUAGGAAAGUAAGUUAUUGUGGAAAAAAAAUAAAAAAGCACAAAGGGUAUUCUUUGGUGAUAAUAUGCACUGCAACAUAAUUUUGUUAUUAGGAAGUACUUGAAUAGAUGUUCACUGCGUUACCCAGCAUGUGCCUUUCAUGAUUACAUUUGUAUGCUCAAAAUGGGCUGGUACGGACCGGAACAUGGUACUGGCACUUCUAUAUUAUAAUCUUUAGCAUACCUUCACUUUUUCUUGCAAACCGAUGCUUCUUACAUGUUGCCAGUACUUAGUCAUUAAGAGUCAGUGUCUGGGUGAUUAAUAAAUAUACACUCCAUAAAUUAUACAACCCAAGAGGAGACACCAGGAGAUCAUGUGAAUGCAAGUGGAGUCCGUUAUGAUCUACCAGCAGUCUCGCAAGCAUUUUUUUUUACCAUUGUAGAGAUUUCAAAUAUGAUAAUGAUUUGCAUAUAUCAGUAAGUGUACACCGGCACUUUAAUUUACAAUACUAUAUUUUAGGUAAAAAUAGUUAGGUAAGACUACAUGUUAGGUAAAAACUGUUAGCCUGAAUGUACCAUAAGUCGCUUUGGAUAAAAGUGUCUGCUAAAUGCAUAAAUAUAAUAUAUUUUAACAAAAUAUAAUGGGAACACUGCUUGGCCUAAGAAACAGGACAGUAUGCACAAGUGAAGACCAGGAGUCAAAAAUGAAUUUCAUUGACUGACAGAGAGUUUUCUAAAGACUAAAUUCUUCAUAUUUUCAAGGGUUGAAGAAAUUAUUUAAGGAUCAAGUAGGGCUGCAAGAUCAUGGUUGAACAGUUAGUGUCACAAUUUUUUUGCAAAACAAAAUAUAAUCAUGAUUGUCAUUUUAACUAUAAUUAUUUUGACCUGUUGCCAAUGCAAGCUAAUGCUAAUACACUGUUACAUUUCUAUAAAUUCCCUUGUCCUUUUAGGGUGAAAAUAAGCAGACAUAAUGAAAUGUUAAGAGUAUGUAUGUAAAAUAAUAUGCCCCCAAAAAAACAGUAAUUCUUUGCAAAUCUGUGCCAAUGAUAGAAGGUUUUGAGUAAGUAGAUCCCGCAGGAGCUUUUGCACCUCGCUCUGUUGCUAUAUUUGGUCAUGAUUGUUGCAUUGGGCUGUUAGUCUGUGGGUUAUUUCAUGUGAAAGAAACACCGGAAUCAGGCUUGGGUUGUAUUGUUCUUGUGAGCCCUUAUAAACCUCUAAGGCCCAUGCACACCUUUUCUCCUUUUGCAGUGCCCCUUUAUAUGAUACAAUACUAACUCCACUUAAUACAAAUAAAUAAAUACUAAAAAAAAAAUAUUCUUAAUUUUUUUUGGCAUAGACAAAGUAAGGUGCAUGUUAUUUGGCAAUAUGUUAUAGCAAGCUAAUAAAGUUAAAACAUUUCUGCUGAUUUUUAUUGUUGACCUGUGUGACAUGCAUUUCUGUGUAAGCAUCUGUAGGUUUCUUGGCAAGGCUUCAUCACCUGAUGGCUAUUCCUGGCAACAGUUAAAUCACUGCUCACCUCUGCAGAACAUGUAAUUCUAGCAAUGAAAAAUGCUAUACAACAUAUAAGAAAGUAGCUUGGUCCUAGCCAAUUACAGGCUUUUUAAUAAGAAAGAUUUUAAUAAGAAGACAGUGAUGAGUAUCUAAAACUGGAGUGAUGAGCCAUGUCUUAGUUCUGGUUAAUAGCAAUAAUACAGAAUUUUAAAGUCUCAACUGUUGUCAUUUUCCCCCAUUUCAUUGGGCCUUUAAAGACAAAUAAAUGAACAUUUUUUUAAAGAUUUUAUAGGUAUUUUAUUAAACAAGCUAAAAGCUUUUAAGGAACAAGGAAACGACAUCCAGAGGUUUUGAAAAAAAAAAAAAAAAAAAGGCUUGUACAACAGCAAUCUUAAAUUUGCAACAGAUUAGCAUGUAUGAUGGGCUCUUCUACUUAGAAUUAGUCUUCUCGGAUGGGUUCACAGCAGUCAGGGAUCUUUACUUUCUAAAACGGUCAAGUGUUGACUUAUUUUCCAACUUCUUUUCUUUGGACUUCUCCUUCAGCUCUUUCUCUCUUUCUGUUCGUUCUUGUACAGUUUGCCGAAUUUCGUCCUGCAGAAUCACAGUAUAGAGGUGUUGUGAACAGAGCAAAUAAGAAACACUAUACUGACAGAGACUUGUGGUUAAUUUAAAGACUAUGCCCCCAAAAACCCUUUAAGUCUAUGACUAUUAAAUUUUAACUUGUUGUCCACUAAACAGUGUAGUCCGAUUGUUUAAAAUUUUUAAAAUCUUCUGUGUGAGCCUUCAUCAUGUCUGUAGUACGAACAAUGUGAGACGAUUCCAAACAGAGACAGAAGACGAGAGAGAGAGAGAGAGAAAAGAAAUACCCUCUGAUCCUCAUGGGCGACUUUCCUCUUUCUUUUCUCUAUGGCACCAGCAGAACUUCUUCCUUUCUUCUUGUUCCUUGGUUUAAAUUUGUCUUUUGCCAAUGGAUCAAAGCCCUGAAACAAAGACAAGACACAGAGUAAGGACCAAUGACACCAAACUGAAUAUGGCGAGCCACGCAACAAGUAACACUGCUGUAGGUUUCUUUUUGUCGGAUGUGCUUGUGCUGCAUGUUCUUGUUCUUUUCAUAGUGCGAAACAUCUCUCACUCAGCAGCAUGUCUCUAUGGCAAAUGUUCAGGGGGAGGGUUGAGCCCAAUCAGAACUAUGGGAGCCGAGUCAAAGAGUAUAGAAGCCCAAGAGGCGAAACUCUGUUGUGUUAUGGUUUACAGUCUGUAGAUGGCGUUGCGGAGGUACGGCCGCCAUUAUGGAGUGAAAGCUGCUGAAACUGACUAAUGCUUCCAUUCUAUGUCAAUGCCUCUUCUCUCUCUCAAAAAAAAUACUUCUCAUACACAAAUGCACACACAAUAGAUGGUGGCGUCUGAUUAAUUACUGAGAUCUUAUGGCACCACUUCCAUUUUAGUACCGUUUAUAGUUCAUGUGUGCACAUGCUAGAUUGCACAUCUUUUUUUUGCACCUUUCCAUAAUAGGACAUUCACAGAUUGUUUUUGUUCUUGCCAUUGAAACGUUCACUGUGUGCACUUUCACUGAAGAUGUUGAAAAAUAAGUUGUAAAUAUUUUUGUGAAAUUCUGUGUAAAAGAUGUACUGUCUUUAGAAAUGCUCAUUUCUAAUUUAUUUAUUUUUAAUCAUAUAUAUGGCGAUGUUCACUAAUGUCCAAAUCAACAUUUGAAUAAACCUUAUUACUGUG